UUUUAAUUUCUCCAUCUUACUUUAAUGUGUUAUUUGAAGGAAAUUAUACGCAUAAUUUCAGUGAAGGUGCAUUUGCACUGUGAAAAAUGUGAACUAGACCUGAGGAAGAAGUUGCUUAAACACAAAUCCAUUUAUAGUGUUAAAACUGAUAUGGAGGCAGAGAUUUUGACCAUCAAAGGAACAAUUGAACCAGAGAAACUACUCACAUACAUUCGAAAGAAGGUGAACAAACAUGCCGAGAUUAUAGAUUCAAAGACAGUGAAAAAGAAAGAGAAGGAGAAAGAAGAGGAGGAGGAGAAAAAGGAGAAGAAAGAAGAAGAAAAAGUCGAAGAGAUAUUCACUGAGAAAAUUAAGAUUAUCGAAAUCGAGGAGGAGGUAAAGGUGGAAGUGAAAGGCAAGGAAGGCGAAGCUCCAUACUUCAUUCACUAUGUUUAUGCACCCCAAUACUUCAGUGAUGAAAAUCCAAAUGCAUGUAUUGUCAUGUAAUUAGGAACAAUACAACAAUUCUUAUGUU